GAACUCGAAACCUGAUUCUGCCGAACGGGGUUCCCCAUGCGGAAAAUAAUGAAAGCCCCAACCCCGUGAAUGCAACAAACCCGAACCAGGGAAACCAGGCUGUUGAUGGCCAAAAUUCUCAAAACCAUCUGGCACGAGCUAACAGCCAGGAGGACCGGGUUAGGACUCAUCCUGACCAGAAUGCUCAAAACAUCCGAGGACGAGUGGAACCCGGCGAAUACAGAAGGAAGUACAGCAGGGGGCAGUAUAACAACAGCCCUUUUACUGGUGAAAUACUAAACGCUGCCUUCCCGGAGGACUUUGACUCAGCACGCUUGCCAAAGUACGAUGGGAGCCAAGACCCACAGGUGUGGUUUUCAACUCUUCCUGCUAAUUCCAUAGGAUCAUUCGAGGAAUUCGAACAGAAAUUCCUCUUAAACUUUGCAACCAGCAAAAAGCAUCCCAAAUCCGAGUUCGCUCUCGAAAAGAUACGACAACAACCCGGAGAAACCCUCCAGAAAUAUCUUAAUCGGUUCAAAGACGCUGCAUUGCAGGUCCCCGGGUUGCAAGAGAAUGUUCACGUACACCUCAUUGUGGCUGGUUUGGAUGGCGCUUCCAGGCUAGCCAAGUCGGUCUACAAGGACCCGGUGAGGACAUUGGAGGAAUUCAGAACUCAUUCGAAGAAAUAUCUCGAACUGGAGCAAAUAGAGAUUGCAAAUGCGCAAUCUGAAGAGGGCAAAAAAGUAAGCCCGAGAAGGAGGAGCUCGGCCUUAAAGGGGAAAGAACGGGCGGAAUAUAAGAAAAAUGACCCACGCGCCAGAGUCCCGGACAUGAGGGAUCGGGUUGGAAGAUAUGACAAGUAUAAACCGUUGAAUGCGUCGCGCUCUCAAAUCUGGAGGGAAGUAGCAAUGACGGAAAUGAAGAAGGUGGACAGACCAGGGCCUAUAUUUGACAGAGGAGGUUUGGACAAGUCCAAAUACUGUGCCUUCCAAGAUGGGCCGGGUCACAGAACUGAUCAAUGCUGGGAUCUCCGAUAUGCGGUGGAGAAAUUUGUGAGAGAUGGAUGA